CCCGAAAUAAUUAUCGUCUUGGCUACCGUUUUGGGUACCUCCACAACAGCACAACUUCCUUUUUGGGACCAUGCUAUGGAGCGCUUUAUAUUGACAUGGAAAUUCUGCCUCGUCCUUAAGAUACGGUUGCUCAUGAAAACAAGAAUAUUUUUC